UUCCCAACCCAUGGGUGGAGAAUUAACAUGCCUAUAUAACUCCCUGGCACUAUAGUCUCUCUGUCUGUUUUCAAGAUUGACUACAAUGAGUUCAACACAAGACACAACAAUAAAGUCCAGCCUUCUUCAGCUGGAAUGCCAUUUCACCUGGUCUCUGAAAAAAAAUGAUAUAGAUCUCACUGAUCUUCUGAACAGGCUAGAAGAAGACCUUAAUCAGAAUCUUGAAAGCAGGGCACGAGUUGCGCGUGCACACAGCUAUAUGGGAUUUGUAAAGUUUCUACUAAGCUCCAAUACUGAGGCUCUCAGCUACUUUGAGAGAUCUGUAGAGCUAACUAAGUCUCAUAGAAAUGAGUGUGACAAGCUGCUUGUUGUUGUCUAUGGAGACCUUGCAUGGUUACACUAUCGUAUGGGUAAUUUGGCAGAGUGUGAAAGCUACCUGAAUAAACUGAGUGAGAUUAAAGUGAAAUAUCCAUCUGUCCCAUAUGCUGAGGUGCUUGGAGAGAAGGGAUGGACCUUCCUUAAGUUUUCUCGCAAAUAUUAUGAAAGGGCUAAAGAGUGCUUCAAGAAGGCCUUAGAGCAGGAGCCAGAUGAGGGUGAAUGGAAUGCUGGCCUUGCAAUUACUCUUUAUCGGAUAGAGGAUAUUCUCCAGGAUAUAUCUGCUUCAGAUGCAGUCAAUCAACUAAGACGGGCCAUAGCCACUGAUCCAGAUGAUGAUGUUCUUAAAGUUCUGCUUGGUCUUAAAUUGGCUGCUUAUAAGAAGUACAGUGAGGCAGAGAGCCUAGUAGAGCAAGCUUUAGAGAGAUCUCCAGAACAUCCACAUGUGAUUCGAUAUGCUGCGAAGUUUUUGCGGAAUAAAGGCUCUGUAGACAGGUCCAUUGCCCUUCUAAAGAGAGCUUUAGAGAAAGUGUCCACCUCAGCCUUACACCAUCAGCUGGGGCUCUGCUAUAAGAAAAAAAUCGAGAUUUUCGAGACCCUGAAGAAAGCAGGAAGUCACCACACAACAUGUGCUGAAAUUAAUCAAGCUCGUGAGCAGUGCAUCUACCACUUGAGGAUGGCGAUCACACUGAAGCCCAACUUCAUCAUUGCUAUGUGUGAACUGGCCCUUCAGUAUGGGCACAGCCAGGAUAUUUCGACAGCAGAAGAAAUGUUUCAGAAUGCAUUUCAAAUGGUUAAAGAAAAAAAUGAUAACUUCCAGGACGUUCAUCUGUAUUAUGCUGAAUUUCAGCAGUACGUCAUGAUAUGUGAAUCUGCUGCCAUCAAACAUUACAUUAUUUGUCUGAAGAUAAAUCCUGAAAAAUAUGAAGGGAAGAAAAGUGCUCACCAUCUGGAAAAGAUUGCAAAGAGAAGAAUCAGCAAUAAUGCAAUAGAUGGGGAAGCCUUUGGAAUACUUGGAAUCAUCCAUAAGGAAAAAGGAGAAAAGCAACAAGCCAUAGAGUGCUUUGAGACAGCGCUGAGAUUUGUAGAUAAUGAGGAUUACCUCAGUGAUCUUUGUGAACUUAGGCUUUCAUUACAGUAUUACCAACAUACCAUGUGAAACACAGUCAGUUUUUUACACAUGCAUGAAAUUUAAUAGCGACCAUGUAGUAUCUGUAAUAAUAUGAGAGCUGUGGAUAAAGCACUAAAUUUAAGCUUCCCACACCAAGAAACGCAGUGCAUCAAACACACCAAACACAAAAACAACAAAUAACCAUUUAAUAUAAUUGAUAGCGAUAUAAAAGUA